AUGGUAGGAAGCUACUCACUUAUACCCCCAUAUUUGGCUCUACUUCAGGCUUUAAUUGAAGGAACCACAUGCUUCUUGGAGAGCUAUGGGUCUAUGCGGAAAGUGGUGGUUGUUGAUGGAACUUCCUUAAAAGGGAAGUUUGGUGGCUGUUUCCUAUCUGCAUCAGCACAAGGAUUGGUUUUCAUCUCAGAUCGACAUGCCAGCAUAAACACUGGGUUGAGGAAGGUUUACAAUCACGCUCAUCAUGUCGCAUGUGUUGUCCACCUAUGGCGCAAUAUAAAGGCUAUAUUUAAGAAAAACAGGUUCGCAAACCUUAUGUCUGCUGUUGUAAGGGCUUUCACUGUAACCGAGUUUAAUCAAAAGUUUAUUGAGAUUCAGAAAAUCAACCCUGCAUGUGCUAAAUAUUUGGUAGACAUAGGUUUUGGCCAAUGGACUAGAUCUUAUUUCAAAGGAAUGCGGUACAACAUCAUUGAUUCCAACAUAGCUGAAUCUUGGAAUGGUGUGAUUAAGGAAGCUAGAGAAUAUCCACUAAUCACAAUGUUUGAAUACAUACACACAACUGUAAUGGGCUGGUUGGCAUUGCGUAGAGCCAAAGCAAAUAGAGAGACAGGAACCCUGACACCCAAUGUCCGCAAAUUGGUUGAGGAGGACUUUGAUCUUUCAACAGGGUUGUCUGUACGUGAUAUUGGUGACUUGGAGUUUCAAGUUCAGGACAACACAGAGGAGUGCUUCACCGUAUUAUUAGGACCUGACAACUGCAGCUGUAUAGAAUAUGACGAGAUCAGCAUUCCAUGUAUACAUGCUUUAGCUGCGGCAACAAGGAUUGGCUUUCCUUCUGAUGCAUUGGUCGCGCCGACAUAUUAUGUGCCAACAUGGAGACAGGCAUUUGUUGGAAAAAUAUAUUCGGUCCUAGCAGUUGGAGGGUUAGAAAUAUGA